AUGCACGAGCGAGAGUCAUCGAGUCACUUCAUCUCGCACUGGCAGCGCGUGCUGCGCCUGCUGGACCUCGACCGGCUGGAUGCGGAGCUGCCUGAGUUGGUCCUGCUGCGCCACGGUCUCUUGGGCCUUGGGCUGGGCGAAAACCGCCUGACCCAGCAGGCCCAGGACAUGGCAGAGGCACGCUGCAUGGCACGAGGUGCUGCGGCGGUGUCCAUGCUCGAGAUGUGCGAGACCCUGGGGCUGCUUCGAACCAUUGGAAGGCUGACCCCGGAUGAGCCUUUUGUCUUCGACUUCAUCCGCUCGGCCGCCAACAAUGUGGACAGACUGCGCCGUGGCGAGCGCGUCAAUCUCCGCGGCCAUUUGGAGCAUUUGGCCAAGCAGCUGGCCUUUGAUCCAGGCACGUCGUGGGAAGAGCUUGCACAGGCCCCUCCUUUUCCUGCAGGAUCUCCGGAAGCUGCACUUUGCCUGUUGGCGAGGUACGAUUGGUUCUCUCGGAAGAAGCGUGCCCAGGUUUCCUGGUAUCGGAACCGAGGACGAUUGCGAUGA